GUUUUCGCCCUUUCUAAAACGGUAUCUCGACCUUAAUGAUCAAACUGCCUUUUAGUCUACAGUACAGUAUAUAAUAAAAGCGAGCAGAUGAGGAGCCCGCUUGUAACAGAAAUGGCACACCUGCUCGCACAGCUGAUAGCUCUGUCGCUUCUUUUCCUCAAAGACUUGAAGAGCACCGGCGCAGGCGAUGUGACUUGUAGAUUUCAAGGCGAGGUUGAGAGUGCGGCCUUUUUUCAGGAGGGGGAUGUUGUGCUAGGCGGACUGUUCCCUUUGCACUACAGAUCACCUCUCUAUGCCCCGUCGUUUGAGAGUAGACCCAAGCCUCCUCAUUGCAUAGAUUUCAGUCCCCGAGCACUGCGCUGGAUGCAGACAAUGAUUUUUGCCAUAAAGGAAGUAAACCAAAGAAAAGACCUUCUUCCUGAUCUGAAGCUGGGGUAUCGAAUACUGGACAGCUGUGACGACAUACACGCCUGUUUGCGGAGCUCCCUCAUCCUCGUAAACGGGCAGAUCGGAAACACCUCUCUCCUGUCCUGCGCGGCCGCUGCAAGACCGAUGUCCCCGGUGAUCAUUGGAGACGCGGGUUCGAGCAGAUCUGUGGCAAUUCUGAGAACUUUGGGACCCUUUCAUAUCCCACUGGUGAGCUACUUCGCUUCCUGUCACUGUCUUAGCGACAAGAAGGAGUUCCCAACUUUCAUGAGAACUAUGCCGAGUGAUGCCUUUCAGAUUCAGGCGAUAGCUACACUCAUCAAUUAUUUCAAAUGGACCUGGAUAGGAGUUAUUGGAGAAGAAAGCGAUUACGCACGCUUUGCAAUACAGCUUUUAAUAGAAGAAUCUAAAAAAUGGGAUGCGUGCAUAGCUUAUACCCACUUCUUCCCAGCUACAAUGAAUAAAGGAGAUAUACUUGGAGUGACAGAGGUAAUUAAACGAUCUUCUGCAAAGGUGGUUUUAGGUUUUACUGGAGAAUCCCAAUUGCAGUCUAUUUUACGUGAAUUCAAACGUCAGAAUAUCACAGACAUUCAAUGGAUAUCAAGCGAAGCUUGGACUACAGGGAAAUCCCUGUGGAAUGAAUUCAAAGACUUCUUAAUUGGAAGUAUUGGGUUUGCAAUACGCAAGGCAGAGAUUCCUGAUCUUAAAGAGUUUUUGACUCGACUCCGUCUCUCCGACGCGCAUGAAUUCUCCUUCAUUGCGGAAUUCUGGGAAGAAACAUUUGGGUGCAAACUGAACAGCUCUUUGAACACCCAUGUACAUACCGCCUCUUCGUCCUGGGAGCCCUGCACCGGCCUGGAGAGCCUGGAGAGUGUGUACUCUGCGUACUCGGAUGUGUCUCAGCUGAGGGUUUCCUACAACGUUUACAAAGCCGUCUAUGUGGUUGCGCACGCACUGCACAAUAUGAGCGCAUGUGUGAGCGGAAGCGGCCCCUUCAAAAACCAGACGUGCGGAGACAUGAGAAACGUGCUCCCAGAGCAGGUACAGUACGUCUUAGCGUAA